AUGGUCAAGAUUGCGAUUGCUGGCGGCUCUGGCAAUGUUGGGCAAGAGAUCAUUGACGAUGCGCCGGCUGGAGAGGCCACCCCAGACAUAACAUGGAUUAAGACAGACUACAAAGAUCCAACAGAGUUGACGCUGAUACUGCAGGGAGUCCACACUCUUCUGUCUUUCGCUUCUGAACAGGAAGAUCCUUCCAGUCCCGUGCAGAAAAGGCUUAUCGAUGCCGCAGUUCAAGCUGGCGUGAAGCGUUUCGCGCCCAGUGAAUGGGCCACGGCUGGCCUGGAACAUCUAAGCUGGUACGCCUACAAGGCUGAGACGCGUCGAUAUCUGGAAGAGCUGAACAAGGACAAAAAGGUCGCGUCAGAAAGCCUCGUUGAGAAGCUUGAAAAUCUAACACAAGAAAAUAUCUACGGCAGCGAUGAUGACCGAAUCACCUUCACUUCAGUGCAUGAUCUCGCUAAUGUGGUAGCCAUGGCCAUUGACUUCGAGGCUGAGUGGCCGGUUGUCGGGGGUAUCAGAGGCACCGACAUCUCCAUCGGACAGCUUAUAGCCCUCGGCGAGAAAGUUCGCGGAGGCCUGCCCUUCGACGUCGAAAAACUGAAGGCGGGAGACCUUGAAAAUGGGAACUGGGAGACCUUAUGGCUACCGAAGAUCGAUCACCCCUCAAUCCCGCUUGAGCAAGUUGAAGCGUUUUCGAAGGUUGGCGUUGCUGGGAUUCUGUUGGCUAUUUCCGCAAAUGCCUUUGCCGUUUCGAACGAGUGGAAUCGACUGCUGCCAGAGUACAAGUUCACUCAAAUGGAGGACUUUCUUACGACAGAAUGGAGCUGUAAGCCUUAG